CAGCUCCUGCCUGAGUCCAGUGUUCCGGUGGAGGGUCAAAAGGCAGAGCCAUGUCUUGCAAAAGCAGAGUUGCUCUUUGUGUUUAGCAGGUGCACAUCAUGCUGUGUGAAGGCUCAAAGCCCCAGGCUGCUCCGCCCGUGGGUGUGUCCUGCUGAGAACACUGUGGGUCCAGUGCUAUGUCCCUGGGGUUCACUUUUCUGCUGGGACUUGUGUUUUGUCUGGAACAAAGGAUUUGGGCAAAAAAUGGAUUAUUACCCCAGCCCUCCAUCUGGGCACUGCCCGGGGCUGUGAUUCCCCAGGGCAGUUCUGUGACCAUCCGCUGCAGGGGACCUCCAGGAGUAGUCAGAUGGCAGCUACUUAGAAUAGGAACUUUCAUCUCACGGUACGACAGAACCUCAGAUGGAUCCCAGGGAGUUUCCAUGUUUUUCAUCCAGUCUGUGACAUACAUCAAUGCAGGAAUUUACUACUGUAUAUACUGGAAGCAAGGAGUCUGGUCAGGACGCAGUGACCCAUUGGAUCUGGUGGUGACAGGCGUAUACAAGGACACACCCUCCCUGACUGCUCUUCCAGACCCCAAUGUGACCUCAGGAGAGAACGUGACACUCCUUUGUGAAACAUCUCAGUACUAUGAAAUCUUUAAUUUGACUAAAGAUGGAAGGAAUGUCUCUCCUCAGGAUUUUUUACGUCAGGACCAUAACACCUUCCUGAUCUCUCCUGUGACCCUUGCCCAUGGGGGUAUCUAUAGAUGCUAUGGUUCUUCUAAAACCUACCCUCACAGCUGGUCACUGCCUAGCAACCCUGUUAAGCUUUUGGUUACAGAUCCACCUGCUCCUGGAAAUGGACACCUUCCCAUUGUGACUGGGAUCCUGGCCAUCGUUGUCUUACUUCUUCUCUUCCUUCUCUUUCUCUUUUACCAAUGUUGGCAUCGGGUCAAACACGGGAACAUUGAUUGUGAGACCGAGAACCAGGUGAACUAUAAGAGCUCCUUCCCAGUCAUGGAUUUCCAGGAAGAAAACCAAUAUGAUGUCUUAGAGGACAUCCAGCCUGAGAAGGACAGACAGAUGGCUAUGCAGGUCCCCAUAGAGGAAGACUCUCAGGAGGUGACCUAUGCUCAGCUACACCAGGAAGCCCUUAGGGGGAACGUGGACACGCUACUCUCCCACACCCAUGAGGAUUCCUCUGGCCAGCCCUGUGUGUAUGCCACCCUCAACUUGUCCUGAGUUUAGAGCCAGGACUGGCUGUGUAGACUCCAGUGUUCCAGUGCUCCUUAAAGAAGGUCAGCUCCAUGGGGUGUCCUACUCAUGUUCCUCAACAUCGGCCAUCACCUUGGAGCUCCCCAAGGACUUAAGACUGGAGUCAACUUGUCAACUAUCAAGAAAUUCUGGGCCCUAUCAAAUAUCUCUCAACAGAUUCCUGGUCCCUUGUAUAUUUACCCAUUCAGUUGCCUAUUCAAGAUAUGUUUACAAAAGUCAACUCUUUCCUUGGAUCUGUGAUGGGGAUAUACAUAUUAUGAAGAUAUAGUUUUUAGUCUCAAGGACUCAUGAUUUAUUGAGUGAGGCAAGCCCAUGAUCUGACCCUUGGAAAGCAAAGGGGGUGACCCACUGGAAUAGGUGUAAGGAUGCUUUGGGUCACUGAGCAGACACAAUGUCUAGGAAUGUUUAAAGAGCGCUCAUUGGUAUAAAAUACAAGGAGAAAUCAAGAAAUAAGAGUCAGUUUGGGCACAGAGGACAUUCCUAAUGGCAUUUUGGUACAAUGUUCUAGGUGUCGCUGAGAGUUGAAGCCUUCAAAGUACUGAAACUGAAUAAGGAAGCUUCUUUGUGAGGGAACCAAGUUGCAACCAAUUUGGCCACAGGAUGGGUGGGUGGAAGCUGGUAUGAACAAUAACUUUUUCAGUAACUUUUGACAAAAGGAAGUAAAGUAGAAAGCUAACAGCAGGUGUAGUGAGAACCGGAGAGAUGGUUUGGAGCGAGGGGUAUGAGAAGUAGCGUACGAGCAUGUGUGUUCGUUGAUGGAAAUAACCGAGGGGAGGAAACAAUGUGGAUGAUGCUGGGGAGGGAGGGACGGUUGACACUUGGUGGGAUGGGCUAUCAGGUGAGAGUUUAGACUCUGGAAUAGAUGAGCUCACCUGGGUUCAGACUCUCCUUUGGCAAACACCAGCUGCAUGAUGGUGCAUACAUUUAAACGUUCUUCUUUAAGCUGGAAUUUAAUUUAAUUUAAGCUGGAAUUUUAAUUUACAGAAGGGAAACUCCAAGCUCAGGUGAGCAGGUGAUGAGAUGCUUAACCUCUUUAGGCAUUAGAGAAAAGAAACUGGCAAAGAUGAGAAGGCUGGGCCACCUCAGGUUUUGGGCGUGUGGGCACCUUCUUGUAUUGCUGGGAGAAGGAACUGGUACAGUGAGUCUGAAGUGCCAUUUGGCCGUGAGUAAAAGAUUGGGCAAUUUCCUGUUGGAAAUGUAAACAUAAUUUAAAGAUAUUCUCACACGUGUCCAUAGGGGCAUCUGCAGAAUGAUAUUUAGCUCAGCAUUGUUCACAGCAGAGAUAUUUGGAUACAAUGUGUCUGUCCCUUAUUAGGACACUGUGGGGAUUACUGUGUUGAAGCAAGUAACUGUGCUGUAGACAUAUGAGUGGUCCAUAAACCUGGAGUGUGCAGUGGAAAGAUGAAUGACUUCCACAGCAUUAACAUUUGCAAGAUGCAAAAUAAAGUUCUGCAAACACGAACAAAUUCACAUAGACUGUGAUUUCAGAGCUGCUCCUUGAAGCUGGAGAAACGAAAUGAGAACCACAGGGCAGAGAAAAAUCACAGAAGACGUCGAUUACCUGGAUGCACGUGUGCAUGUGCUAAGCCAGAGGUGAUGGAUCGAUUACUCAGCUCCCGGCAUCCACGCUUCAAGUAGAAAAAUACGUUUUCUUCUAAGCUCAAGUUUCCCCAUUUGAGUAGGACUAAAGCUGUAUCUGCUUCUCAGUCUUGUGUGAGGGUCAAAGGGGGUGGUGUCUGAAAAGUGAGUCAGGUUACAAAGAAAUAUUUGGGCACCCAAGUUUCUAUCUUUUUUUUCAAAGAUGUUUGUUUAUUGGGGCACCUAGUGGCUCAGUUGGUUAAGCACCCAACUUUGCCACAAGUCAUGAUCUCACAGUCUGUGAGUUUGAGCCCCGCGUUGGGCUCCGUGCUGACAGCUCAGAGCCUGGAGUGGCUUCAGAUUCUGUGUCUCUCUCUCUCUGCCCC